CAUAAAUUUACUACUGGAUUUGAUAUAGAUAUUUCUCAAUUUAUGCUUUAUAUUUAUAGUACCUAUCAUUAUUAACUUCAAAAACUUUUUUGACUUUUUUCCUUGCCUUAAUUUUAUUAGCUGGUAUUUACCAAUAGAAAUGAUCCUUAACAUGAAUACAGCAUAUUAUAAAAGAGGAAUCCAAAUGAAGAAGAGAGGAAAAAUAUUUUAAAGAUAUGUUAAAAAUGAAGCUAUCUUUGAUAUAAUUAUUUGGGUUAUAAUUUAGCUAUCAUAUGUAUUUGAUAUAAAUUAGCUAUAAUAUGUCAUAGUGCUAAAAAUAUUUAGAACAAUGAACAAAAUAGAAGAACUCUUUUUGAAAUAUGAUAGAUAAGUCAAAUAUGAUAUUAUAUUGCAUAUACUUUUGCUUCUUUUGAUCAUAAUAACAUUUACUCACACCUAGGCAUCAGUUUUUGUUAAUUUGGCGCUUACAUCUAGUCCUGAUGAAGAAAAUUGGAUUAACCAAACGCAAACUGUGAGUUCAAAUUUAGAUAUUUAUAUAACAAGCAUUUAUUGGUCAAAUAUUACAAUGACCACGAUUGGCUAUGGGGAUAUUUAUCCAAGAAACAAUAAAGAAAAAAUAUUUUUAGCAAUUAUAACAAUUCUUUCUUGCUGUAUAUUUGGCUAUACUAUGAAUUCAAUUGGAUAAAUAUUAGCUGAUACAUCAAAAGAAUCUAGAUAAUUUAAAAUUAAAAUGAAUUUGCUUGUUAAAUAGAUGUCUAAAAGAAAUUUAGAUCAAAUUUUGUAAAAAAGAGUAAGAAAUUAUUAUGAGUAUUUGCAUGAUAAAAAGAACAUUUUUGAUGAAGAAGCUGAAAAGCUUAUUGAUGAUCUUCCAUAAUCUAUUAGAUAAGAAGUUAUUUAUGAUAUUAAUAUGAAAUUGUUAAGUUCUCAUAAAGUAUUUUCGUUGCAAUUUUCCAAAUAGUUCUAAUAAGAUUUAUCUCUUUGUAUGAAGAUUUUAAAAUAUGGCCCAGAAAUAAAUAUAAUUUCAUAAAAUGACAAAGUCAUUUAGUAAUUAUAUUUUGUUUUAGAAGGUAACCUAGAUAUUAAUAUGAAGUUAGAGUAAAAAUCUGUUUCUGUCAGUAUCCUUAAGAAAGGAGAUAUGUUUGGUUAGAUUGAAUUUUUUUCAUAAAAAUCUUCUCAGUUUACAGUGAAAACAUUGAAUGUUGUAACUAUUGCCUAUAUUGAAUAUUAGGAUUUUACUAAUGCACUUAAGAAUAAUCCAUAAGAUUAAGAAAAGUAUUAUUUGAUUAAAGAUAAAAUCAAUUAGUACAGUGAUAUUUCAGCUUUAGAUUUUUAAUGCUAUGGCUGUAAAAGGUUUGGACAUUAGCUUUUUGAAUGUAAAUCAACGAAGUAUGAUUAUAAAAAGAAUAGAAUCAUUUAAGAUUAUAUGAAUGUCAGCAGUAAUUCUACUAUGGAAAGAAACUAAUAAUUUAAAAGGACAAGACAAAAAAUGAAACACCAAUAAAAAUUUACAUUGUUUGAUAUAGCUUGUUAAUAGUAAGAGUUUUGUUCUAAUAAUGAGGAUAUAAUUUGUAAAUAUUAUUUAACUUACAAGCUAUUCCAAUAAGAAAAUUACUAUGGAUUUUAAGAUUAAACUUUUUAAGAAAUAGUUGGAGAUCUUGAAAAUAUUUAACAACAAUGUGCACCAAAUACAUUUUAUGAAGUUUAUACUGGUAGUUUACAAAUAAUAGAAGAGGAAUCGAAAGAUAUUCAUCAUAAAAAGGCAAGAACAACUCCACCAAAAACUGCUUUGAAAAAAAACUUUAUAUUUCUACCGCCGCCUGAACCUAAAAAAGUAAGCUAUAAUGUUUUAAUAUAAGAUAAAAAUGAGAAUACUAUUGCAAAUGAUGAGGCAGAUACUUCAAUUAUAGGUGGUGAAAAUGUAUAAAAAUAAUAAAUAUCAAAAAAAAAAAUAGAAUCUCCUAAAGUUUCGUUUAGCGCAUUUCAAUAAUUAGAAUUUUAUAAUGAUCUAAAUGAGCGACUUAAUUCUACAAAUAUAAAAUUAAAUCAAGCAGGAGUAAUUGAUAAAAAGGAAGACAGCUAACUCAAAUAGUUAAAUUUUGCAAACAACUUUAUGCUUUUAGGAGAAUUUGAUAAAUCUAAAAUAUUUAAGGUCUAUUUUCCAUUCAAUAAUGUAGAUUUAGUACUUUAAAAGUACAAAAAAUGUCAAAUAAAAAAAAAGGGAUAAAAUAAUAAGAAUAACAUAAAAUAUAAAAAACAUCAUGAAAAAUUUAAAUUCAAAACUAAUAUUAUUAAUUGA